CGAGGUUGGUGACGGGAUGGAUGGAGUGAGGGAGCUGCCUGAGCCAUGAAAGCAGGAGCUGCCAUGAAGAUUGCUGGGAAGACUGUGUGUGUUUUUGUGCUGCUCACCAUCACCAAGGUCGCGAGAACAGUAGGGAACAACAGAGUGACAGAGACAGCAACAGUAGGUAGCAGCCCUGUGCUCACCUGCUCUCCCAAAACAAAUGCAACUAUGGUAACAUGGAAAAUAAUGCCCAAGUUUGGAGGGCACUGCGCCUUGGGGUACAGGGCUGAUCAGAACAAGACAGACAGAACAAACUGCAGUGACAGAAUCAACUGGAAAUUCAGACCAGAUCGAGAUCCCACCCUUGAGAUACGGCAGGUGGAAAUAGCUCAUGAGGGAGAUUACACCUGCGAACUAGUAAAAACAGAAGGGAAUUUCCACAAGACGUACCACCUGACUGUGCUGGCCCCCCCGAGGCUGACCCUGUACUGUGAUGACCACGGGGUCCCUGUGUGCCAGGCAGUGGCAGGGAAGCCGCCUGCUCAGAUCUCGUGGGUCCUGGAGAGCACCUCCACCCCCAGGGAAGAAGCCCACGACAACGGGACAGUGACUGUUCUCAGCAAGUUCACAGCACACAGCGCCAACAGGACUAAUACGACCUGCAUUGUGUCCCACCCAGCUGGGAACCAGAGCAAGUCCAUAGCCUGUCGUCCCCCGGGGAAUGAAAGCGUUAACCCGCAUGUCUACAUCAUUCCUUGUUUCCUGAGCAUUAUCACCUCCAUGGCUCUCAUUUAUUGUUUUAAGCUCCACAGUGACAGACUGUGCCACAAAACCAAACCUCCUGAAACUGCUCCUACACAUUCACCACAGGAUGACACAGUGGAAGUGGAACCUUAUACUACUUAUGUACAAAAGGAAAACAUUAUUUACAACUCAGUGUCUGAUCUGACAGCGGGGCAGAAUCUUCCACAAAGACUGUCACCAGCAACUUGAAUGAUUCGACACUGGAGAGGGAGAGAGACACUUUAUGAAAGACUGGUUAUAGACAGAAACUUCUCAGAGGAUUUCUUUGGAUUUGGGGGCAACAUAGCUCACAAGGUCUGUUUAAACACCUGUGCUUGCUGAUGAGUCUGCAUAGUUCUCUUUUUUCCCUGUUUUGCCUUCUUCCUUGGGAAAGGAAACAGGUUAUUCCUUUGGGAGCACGUGA